AUGUUCUAUCGAUCAUUAGCCACGUUUCGCACGGCUCCGACAUACAAAAUUGUCUUCGUCAGGCACGGUCAAUCGGAAUGGAACGAGCAACGACUGUUCACCGGUUGGUAUGACUCCCAACUGACAGAUAUUGGCAAAUGUGAAGCAAGAAAAGCAGGCAAAGCUCUAAAGAAUGAAUUCAAAUUCGAUAUUGCGUAUACAUCCAAACUGAGCAGGGCUACAGAGACCCUACAAUUAAUCAAGUGCCAGACAUUCCAGAAAACUAUGAAAACUAUUUCUCACUGGCGAUUGAACGAGAGACAUUACGGCGAUUUGACAGGAAAGAGUAAGGAAGAUCUUCGAAAAAUCUAUGGUAAAAAGCAGGUUCAACUUUGGAGGAGAAGUUUCAAAGCAAUUCCACCUCCAAUAAAGACGACAAAUCCAUUUUACGAGUGCAUAGUUAAUGACAAUAGAUACGAUCAGGAUUUAGAUAUAGACGAUUUUCCCCGAUGCGAAUCUCUGAAAAUGACAACGCAACGGGUUCUACCACUUUGGUACGAUCAGAUCGUACCAAACUUAAAGCAAGGCAAGAACAUAUUACUUGUAGCACAUCAUAACAGUUUAAGAGCAAUCAUUAAACACAUCGAAGAUGUCCCAGAUGUUCUCAUAUCCAAUUACCAAUUACCAACAGGAACACCAUUUGUAUAUACUUUAAACAUGUACAUGAAGGCUAUUCCGAGUAUUAGUCCUAGAUUCAUUGGCAGCAGAGAUGACAUCGAAGACGCGAGGAAAUCAUUCGGUUCCAGAAAGAACAUCUGUAAUCCUAAUACAGUUAAAUGUAUAAAAAAAUAA